UUCGAGUGCAAUUUUUUUAUUUAUUUUUUGACCAUAAAGCCAGCAGCCCAAAUCCAAAGGGGAAAAAGCUAUUAAGCCCAAUAGAAGGAAACCAUGCUUGGGCCAAUAUUGAAAGGCCUUGAGCUUUCUGUGUCACCGUCAAUUCGUACCCAACUCCCGGCGGCGGCCAUGGCCACCAAUUUCUUCCAUUAACAGCCCAAGCCGCUUCUCAGUCCUGGAUAAGCCUCCGUCGGCGUUGCUGGUCUCUUUCCAAUCCACCACCAUUGCUGUUCUCUGUAUCCCAUUUUCAGUAGUCCCGGUGAAGCUUUCUCUUUUCUCUGGAUUUUGUUUUCUGUAUAGAAGCUGGACUGGUAGUGGUGGUUGUUGCCUAUGAAAGACCAAUAGAAUUCUGAUCAAGAAAAAGAUGCUGUGUUCUAAUAAACAAGCAACGGCCGCCCUUCGUUGCUGCUCUUCUCUGAUUCAAUCCUUAACUGUCCCAUCUUCCAAACACUACUGCUCCAAUCACCAUCAUACAAACCCACAGCCCCCUCAAAGCCCACCACCCUUUUCUCUUACCCAUAUGCAAAUGCGAACAUCGGAGACUCACCUGUAUGCAUCAUUCUUUUGCACCCUUAUACAACUUUACUUAGCAUGUGGAAGAUUUUCCAACGCAUCAGAUGCCUACUCUUCUAUGCGAAAAUAUGGGCUUGUUCCCUCCAUGCAUUUGUGGAACCAACUCCUUUACGAAUUUAAUGCAUCUGGUUUGGUCUCACAGGUAUGGUUUCUUUAUUCUGAAAUGGUCUCUUGUGGGGUUGCACCCAAUAUUUUCACUCGCAACAUAUUGGUUCAUUCUUUAUUGAAAAUGGGAAAGCUGGGUAUGGCAUUGGAUAUGCUAAGAAAUUCUGAAAGUGAUACUGUUACAUAUAACACUGUCAUUUGGGGCUUUUGCAAACGAGGAUUGGCUUAUCAGGCUAUUGGGUUAUUGUCUCAAAUGCUGAAAAUGGGUAUAAAUAUUGACUCUUAUACUUGCAAUAUAUUAGUUAAGGGGUUUUGCCAAAUUGGGUUUGUAGAUUAUGCAGAACAAGUUUUGUAUUAUUUGGUUAGGGGUGGAAUUACGAAGGAUAAAAUAGGUCUAAAUACCUUGAUCAGUGGAUAUUCCAAAACUGGAGAGAUGAGUCGUGCACUCAACUUGAUGGAGGAUAUGGAUAGAGAGGGUUAUUUUCCUGAUAUAGUUAGUUAUAAUACUCUAAUUCAUGGGUUUUGCAAGAUGGGUGAUCUUGAAAAGGCCAGGAGGCUUUUUGAUGAGAUUUUAGGCUCCCAGAGGGAUGAAGGUUGUGGCUGCUUGGUUGAUAAGGUUCGGAGUCAGGAUGAGGACAUAGCUUUAAAACCAAACCUGGCUACAUACUCCAUACUCAUUAAUGCAUACUUCAAACAAGGAAAACUUGAGGAGGCUUGUUCACUGUAUGAAAAAAUGGUCAUGAGCGGACUUUUUCCUGAUGUAGUUACUUAUAGUUACAUUUUGUACAGCCUUUGCAAGGAUAGGAAGUUUCCUGAAGCCAAAAAAGUAAUUAGGGAAAUGGAAGAAAUGGGUGUACAUCCUAAUCAUGUCUCUUACACUAUCCUUGUUGAUUCCUUGUUUAAGGCAAGGUCUGCCUUGGAGGCUUUUACGUUUCAAGGAAAAAUGGUGGUACGUGGCAUUAUUUUUGAUGUGGUGGCAUUUACUGUUUUGAUAGAUGGACUCUUUAGGAUUGGAAAAGCUAAUGAAGCUGAGAACAUGUUUCAGACAUUUUUGAAGCUUAAUAUGAUUCCAAACUGUAUCACAUACUCUGCCUUGGUAAAUGGAAAUUGCAAAUUAGGAGACAUGAAUCGUGCAGUUUCUAUAUUGCAAGAAAUGGAGGAGAAACACAUUGAUCCAAAUGUCAUUACUUACUCCUCAGUCAUAAAUGGUUAUAUGAAGAAAGGUAUGCUUCAUGAAGCUAUAAAUGCAGUGAGCAAGAUGAGGCAGCGAAAUAUCUUCCCCAAUGCUUUUGUUUAUGCAACUCUAAUUGAUGGCUAUUUCAAGGCAGGUAAACAAGAAAUGGCUAUCGAUCUUUAUAAGGAAAUGAAACUGACAGGAUUGGAGGAAAACAAUUUUAUACUUGAUGCUUUUGUCAACAACUUGAAAAGAUGCAGAAGGAUGAAUGAAGCUAAGGAAUUGGUCAGAAGUAUGACUUCCAGGGGCUUGCAGCUUGACCAUGUUAACUACACAUCCCUAAUAGAUGGCUUCUUUAAAAUGGGAAAUGAUUCAACUGCUAUUAACUUGCUCCAAGAAAUGAAAGACGAAAAUAUAACAUUUGAUGUUGUUACAUUCAAUGUCUUUAUAAAUGGUCUGUUGAGGUCUGGAAAGAAUGAAACACAAUUCAUCUACAGUGGGAUAAGGGAGUUAAUGCGGGAGUGGGGUUUGACUCCUGAUGCUGCUACAUACAACACCAUGAUUAAUGCAUGCUGUAGACAAGGGAGCUUAAAAGAUGCUGUUUCGCUCUGGAAUGAGAUGAAAUCCCAAGGAUUUAAGCCGAAUACAACAACUUUUAACAAUCUGAUAAAAGGUCUUUGUGAAGCUGAUGCAAGUGAUAAAGCAGUGGAUGUGGUGGAACACAUGGUGCUCAUCGGGACUCUUCCUACCUCUACUACUCAUAAAACUCUUCUUGAUGCAUCUUCAAAGAGUAGAAGGGCUGAUGUAAUUUUGCAAAUGCAUGAGAAACUUGUAGGUUUUGGGCUUAGACUUGAUGAGGUUGUUUACAGGAAUCUCAUAACUAUCUUAUGCAGGCUGGGGAUGACAAAAAAAGCCUCUUCAGUGUUGAAAGAAAUGAUAGGUGCAGGAUUUUUAGUGGAUACUUCCACUUACAAUGCCUUUAUACGCGCAUAUUGUAAAAGCAGCCAUCUAGCAAGGGCUUGUGCUACAUACGCACAGAUGUUGGCUGAGGGAAUUCCUCCAAACAUUGAAACCUACAAUCUUCUCUUACGGGGGUUUUCAGGUGCUGCUUUGACGAGAGAGGCAGAUGAAUUAUUUCGUGAAAUGAAAGAAAGAGGAUAUGACCCUAAUAAUUCUACUUAUGAUACUUUGCUUUUUGGUCAUGGUAAGAUUGGAAAUAAAAAGGAGUCCAUGAAACUUUAUUGUGAAAUGGUAAAUAAAGGUUUUGCUCCCAAAACAAGCACCUACAAUGUGCUUAUCAAUGAUUUUGCUAAGGUGGGAAAGAUGGGCCACGCUAGAGAGCUAAUGAAUGAAAUGCAAUUAAGAGGAAAAGAUCCCAACGCUUUAACUUAUGACAUACUUAUCUAUGGCUGGUGGAAACUAUCAAAGCAGCCACAGCUGGACAGGAUGCUGAAAAGGUCGUAUCAAGCUGAGGCAAAAAGAUUAUAUGAAGAGAUGAAGGAAAAACAGUAUGCUCCAUGCAAAAGGACCCAGUUAUGCAUCAGUGCUGUCUUAGGCCAGGAAAGAAAGCUGAUGCUUAGAGGCUCUUGAAGAAACUAUACAAGACAAAGAAUGUGUGAUAGAUGGAUUGAAGCAGAAAACAGCAAAUACUCAUCAUGAUAUGACCUGCAACUCAAACUCGAUCAAUGGUCAAAUUAUGGAAUACUGCAGGCAGCUUAUUCUUUAAUUGGAGUCCAAGUCCUCGAAGAACCUUAUAUGUGGUAUUCGAGGAAGGCAUCAAAUUUGUUGGAGCAAAAUCUGGAUGGACAGCCACACUUCGCAUCAUGUGGAUUUAAGUCUCACAAAUGGUAACCUUUUUCUUAAGCCCAUUUUGCAGAAUUUUGGCAUGUCAAACAGGAUAAUAACAUGAAUGCAACUGAAACAUGAUCAGUUCCUCCUGUACAGUGAAUAAAUUUCCUGAAUCCUGACAACAUCGAAAACUUUCAUUGGUGACUUCGUGUGCAAAUGCUAUUUUUGAACCUGAUGUCACUAUUCCAACAGAAAAUUCAUAAAACCUUGUUCAUCUAUGAAUGGGAUACAUGUUUUAUGUGUUGAUGGACGUCAACCGUGCCUGACGAUGUCAACGUUGGUUCUUUUUGGGAUUCUCUGUGUUAUGGAUUUGGAAAAUAUUUUUAUUUCUACGCUGGUUCAACAGAAUCAUCAAUGAAUUCUUCUUGGCAGCAAUAUCCAGUUUGGUUUCAUGGAUCUAUCCCCCAGCAGCAGUGCCCCAGCUGCAGUUUUGUGUCUUUAGGCGAGAAAGA